AUGGAAAAACAAACGUGCUCGACGUUGAUUACAAAACUUUGUCUGUACAAAGAUGAAUUUUGUCAAACAAAAGCAAAACAACAAAAAUAUUUAUCGUUCUGUUCAAUGGAUCAUCUAACUUGUCACUUACCAAAUCAUAGUUUGAAGAAAGCUUUUGUAAACGUUUCAAGGGAAUUCAUAUCAUCACUAUCCGAUAAAAUGAUUCCAGAAAUUCCAAUUCUCUUUUUCAAUUUAAAAGAUCAAAGGCCAGAGGUUGAAAUAGCUCGCCAUCACUCACAGAAACCGACAUAA